UCUAAGACACUUGGGCUGUAGAGCACCCUUGAAUUCCGGUCUUCUUGACUUCCACCACCAGGAAUUUUGCUUUUCGUACUCUCAGUCCUAACUAAUAUCUAAAAUGGCACCCAAGAAGGACGUCAAGAAGGCCGAGCCCGCCAAGCCAGCACCGGCAGCGGCACCGGCACCGGCCCCGGAACCCGCAAAACCUGCGGCUAUUGAUCUGUCCAGCGUUAAGAUCGACUUCUCAGCAGAUCAGCAGGAAGACUUCAAGGAGGCUUUCCUCCUGUUCGACAGGACCGGUGAAAGCAAAAUCACUUACGGGCAGGUGGCGGACGUGAUGCGUGCUCUGGGGCAGAACCCCACCAACAAGGAAGUCAAUAAGAUCCUGGGGAACCCCAGCGCGGACGACAUGAGCAACAAGAAAAUUGAGUUUGAACAGUUCCUGCCCAUGCUGCAGACUGUGGCCAACAGCACUGACAAGGGUGGAUAUGAGGACUUUGUUGAGGGUCUGCGUGUCUUUGACAAGGAGGGCAACGGCACUGUGAUGGGCGCUGAGUUGCGCAUUGUCCUCUGCACACUGGGUGAGAAGAUGACAGAGAAUGAAGUUGACAAUCUUAUGCAGGGACAGGAAGAUGAGAACGGCUGCAUCAACUACGAGGCUUUCGUCAAGCACAUCAUGUCUGUGUAAGAAGGAUAUGAAAUGAUUUGGUGCGAAUGCUGAAGACCCGCUGGUGGCAGGACAUCCACUUCACCACACCUGUUCCUUUUUCGACCAA